GGAGAAGUAAAAUUUUUUUGUUGACAAAAAGCAGCAGGGAGAGAAAAGAGAGAAGGGAGAAGAGAGAAGUGGAGUUCAAACGAGAAAAUGUUUUGAGCAAAAAAAAAAAAAAUCAUUCCCCGAAUUUUGUUCUGGUUUGUCAUUUUUCUUUUUCCACUGCUGCGCGUGAUAUUGAUUUUUUUUUGCUUACCUCUUAGCUUCGUGUUGUUAAUGAGAGAGAUCAGGGGGAUGCUGUGAUUGAGGUGAUUUUCGGGCGUUAAUGGUGGGAUUUGGGAGCUAGGGUUUUGCUGCUGUUGGUCAUGUUGAUGUUGGGAUGUAUCUUGUUGCUUGGAUCUGAGCUGAUUGGAGAGAAAGAGAAGCUGACAGUGUAGUGUAGUAUGUCGGAAAUGGAGGCCAGAGUUGGGGCUUUUAGUUUAGCCUUGUUGAUCUUCCUGCUGCAUCCAUUAUGGCUUGGCUCUGCUAACAUGGAAGGUGAUGCACUACAUAGCCUAAGGACCAACCUCAAUGAUCCAAACAAUGUCUUACAAAGUUGGGAUCCCACUCUUGUCAAUCCUUGCACAUGGUUCCAUGUUACAUGCAACAAUGAUAAUAGUGUCAUACGAGUUGAUCUAGGGAAUGCGGCUCUGUCUGGCCAAUUGGUUCCACAGCUUGGCCUGCUUAAAAAUUUGCAGUAUUUGGAGCUCUACAGUAACAACAUAAGUGGACCUAUUCCAAGUGAUCUUGGGAAUCUGACAAGCUUGGUGAGCCUGGAUCUUUACUUGAACAGUUUCAGUGGUCCCAUUCCAGAUUCAUUGGGAAAACUCUCGAAAUUACGGUUUCUUCGGCUUAACAACAACAGUCUGACAGGUCCAAUUCCGAUGUCCUUGACUAAUAUCUCAUCCCUUCAAGUACUGGAUCUAUCAAACAACCAUCUGUCUGGAGUAGUUCCUGAUAAUGGCUCCUUUUCACUGUUCACCCCCAUUAGUUUUGCCAACAACUUGGAUCUAUGUGGUCCGGUUACUGGACGCCCCUGCCCAGGAUCUCCACCAUUUUCUCCUCCUCCACCAUUUGUUCCCCCACCUCCAAUUUCUUCCCCAGGUGGGAAUAGCGCCACUGGUGCAAUUGCUGGAGGAGUUGCUGCUGGUGCUGCCUUGCUGUUUGCUGCCCCUGCUAUAGCUUUCGCAUGGUGGCGUAGGAGGAAACCUCAAGAAUUCUUUUUUGAUGUACCUGCUGAAGAGGAUCCAGAAGUCCAUCUGGGGCAGCUUAAGAGGUUUUCAUUGCGGGAAUUACAAGUCGCAACAGACAGUUUUAGCAACAAAAACAUUUUGGGUAGAGGAGGAUUUGGUAAGGUUUACAAAGGUCGCCUAGCUGAUGGUACACUAGUAGCUGUGAAAAGACUGAAAGAAGAGCGUACUCCUGGUGGGGAGCUGCAGUUUCAGACAGAAGUAGAAAUGAUAAGCAUGGCUGUCCAUCGAAAUCUUCUCCGAUUACGUGGAUUUUGUAUGACACCAACUGAGAGAUUGCUUGUUUAUCCAUAUAUGGCUAAUGGCAGUGUUGCAUCAUGUUUAAGAGAACGUCCUCCAUCACAACCUCCACUUGAUUGGCCAACGAGAAAGCGGAUUGCUUUAGGAUCUGCUAGAGGUCUUUCUUACUUACAUGAUCACUGUGACCCAAAGAUCAUUCACCGGGACGUGAAAGCUGCAAACAUUUUGUUGGAUGAGGAAUUCGAGGCUGUUGUUGGGGACUUUGGCUUGGCUAAACUUAUGGACUACAAAGAUACUCAUGUUACUACUGCUGUGCGUGGUACAAUUGGGCAUAUAGCUCCAGAGUAUCUCUCAACUGGCAAAUCCUCGGAGAAAACAGAUGUUUUUGGGUAUGGAAUCAUGCUUCUUGAGCUAAUCACUGGGCAGAGGGCGUUUGAUCUUGCACGGCUUGCAAAUGACGACGAUGUCAUGUUACUUGAUUGGGUGAAAGGGCUUCUGAAGGAGAAAAAGUUAGAAAUGCUAGUUGAUCCUGACCUCCAGAAAAACUACGUAGAUGCUGAGGUGGAGCAACUAAUCCAGGUUGCACUGCUAUGCACACAAGGCUCCCCAAUGGAUCGUCCAAAGAUGUCAGAAGUGGUCAGAAUGCUUGAAGGUGAUGGGUUGGCCGAGCGAUGGGACGAGUGGCAAAAGGUGGAGGUUCUUCGUCAGGAGGUGGAACUUGCUCCUCAUCCUAAUUCUGAUUGGAUUGUUGACUCAACAGAAAAUCUACAUGCAGUUGAGUUAUCUGGUCCAAGGUGACCCUAGCACAGCUACAGUAAAAAGAGAAGAAAGGUUACUAUUAUUUUUUUUUUUCUCUCAUCUUAAUUUUUCUCCCUUUCUUUUUCUUUUAAAUUAAAUGACCACUCAUUCUAUGUCUCCUGUAAGCGCAGCUUGCAUUGUAUUCAUUACAUUUGUGCAUAUGAGUCUCCAUGUUGAGGUGCAAUUUGUAUCUUCUGCUGCAGUUAGACUGAGCUAGCCAUGAAGUUUUUUGAUAGAUGAGGCUGCGGCAGCUCAAUUAAUUGUUAAUUGUAUUUUUAUGUUGAAAAAGUUUGAUCUCAAUUUCUAAUCA